UCUCUAUUAUACUACUAUUACUAUAUAAGCUUGUGACUCUUAUGCAGUGAAGCCGGCCUCAGCCACAACCUCCAUGGGUUCUUGGAUUGUUCAGCUUCUUAUGCUAUUGCGCUUAUUGAGCUUUGUGAACUCACAGGUUGAAACUGGUGGGGAUUCACAUUUAAAAGGGAUUGUUGCCAUUAAUGCGAAAUCGGUAAUUGGAACCAUUGAUGAUGAUUUUGUGUGUGCAACUCUUGAUUGGUGGCCCCCUCAGAAAUGUGACUAUGGUAGAUGCAGUUGGGGCCUUGCAUCUCUUCUCAAUCUGGACCUCAACAAUCAGCUCCUCUUAAAUGCAGUGAAAGAGUUUUCGCCGUUGAAACUUAGAUUGGGUGGCAGUUUGCAAGAUAAGGUCAUAUAUGGGACUGAAGACUAUAACAAACCUUGUACUCCUUUUGUUAAGAAUGAGUCCGAGAUGUUUGGUUUCACUGAAGGGUGCCUCCCAAUGGCUAGAUGGGAUGAGCUUAAUAUCUUUUUCAAAAAAGCAGGGGCUAAGAUCGUCUUUGGAUUAAAUGCUCUUAAUGGGAAAACAAUAAAAUCUGGUAAAGCAGUUGGACCUUGGAACUACACGAAUGCCGAAUCCUUUAUUCAUUACACCGUUGGAAUGAAUUACAUAAUUCAUGGAUGGGAGCUUGGCAAUGAAUUGAGUGGGAGUGGAGUUGGAACGAAAAUUGAUGCUGGGCAAUAUGCUUCUGAUUUAGUUUCUCUACGAAACAUAGUAGAUAAUGCAUAUAAUGAUGCCAAGCCUGAGCCACUAGUGAUCGCUCCUGGAGGUUUCUUUGAUGCAACUUGGUUCAAAGAAUUUAUAAGCAAAGCGGGAAAAUCCUUGGAUGUGGUUACCCACCACAUCUAUAACCUUGGGCCAGGUGUUGACGAGCACCUUGUGGAGAAAAUUCUCAAUCCUUCCUUUCUUGAUGGAGAAGCAAGCACAUUCAAAGCCCUCCAAAAUUUAAUUCAAAGUUCAGGAACCUCAGCAACAGCAUGGGUUGGUGAGUCCGGAGGGGCUUACAACAGUGGCCAUCAUCUUGUGUCAGAUGCAUUUGUCUACAGCUUUUGGUAUUUGGAUCAGCUUGGCAUGUCAGCUACUUAUGAUACUAAAACAUAUUGCAGACAGAGUUUGAUAGGAGGAAAUUACGGUUUACUCAAUACUACAAAUUUCCAGCCAAAUCCAGACUACNGCAGUGCUCUUCUUUGGCACCGACUCAUGGGAAGACAUGUACUGUCAACAACUUUCUCUGGAACAAACAAAAUAAGAGCAUAUGCCCACUGUGCAAAGCAAUCCGGAGGGAUCACAGUACUGUUGAUCAAUCUGGACAACAGCACAACCGUAGUGGCCGAAGUGUCAUUGAGUAACGCCAAUAUUUUUAGGCACAGAAAGAUGUCUAUUAAUUCAGAACUUAUGGCAAUACCUCUGCAAAGUGCGAAUGAAAAAUCAAGAGAAGAAUACCAUCUAACUCCACAGGAUAGGAACAUACAUAGCCAAGUCAUGGUUCUAAAUGGGAAGACUCUAACGGUAAACACGGAUAAUGAGAUCCCCACUUUGGAGCCUCUGUAUGUGAACCCAUCAGAGCCUAUAACGGUUGCCCCUUUCUCUAUUGUUUUUGCUCAUAUACCUGAUGCCAAUAUCGCAUCUUGCAGCUAGUUAGAUGGCACUGAAAACGAUAAAGAAAAGGUGCAAAAUUGUUUCAACAGUUGAUUUAGUAAAUGACGUGGGAGGUAUAUUGUUUUUCAAUUUCUUGGUGAAAAAUAAAGGCCAAUUUUUUAACUUUCAGCACAAGGCUUUUUAUGUUAUUGUUUGCUGAGGCACCAAGUUCAUUUGUUCAUUAUUGUAAGAUGACAAUUUGAAUACUGAAUCAUUGAAGAAGAAAAAACCAACUUGUAUAAAUUUAAUGUCAUUGUAGUAGUAGUAUGUGCAUUUAUCCAUUA